AUGUUAGCUGAGAAAGAAAAGGAGCUCAUUCUUCAACAAGGGAUCAAAGAUGCAUCUCUAAAAGUUCCAAGAAGGAAAGAUGUCCACUUCUCUAAACCUGUCAUCAUAUUAGAACCAACUACUCAGUCAAAGCUUUCUCACAGUGAUCCCAACGAUAAGGGAAAGCAGAAGAUUAUCCUCAAGUAUAAAAAGGAAUUAUCUAAAGAAACUCAAAUGCAGAUAGAUGAAGAGUUAGCUAAGCAACUGAUGGCUAAGGAAUUAAAGUCUAAACAAGAGAUGCUUCGAAAAAAGAAAUCUCUAGAGAUCUCGAGUGAAGAAAGGGGUACAUGGCAUGAUAAACAAUUUAGAGUGUCUUCACCUAAAAGAACUAUCUUCUUUAACCCUGAUAGAGAUUCCUAUCAAAAGUUUAAGUUAUGGCCAAGUGCAAUUUAUCCAACUGAGGUUGAUUUAGACAUUGAAGACCUAAAGAAAAGAUUCUUUCAAAAGAAAUCAAUCCAUGUUGUCCAUGUAUGGUCAAAGUUCAAGAUUGCUUUAAUCAACAAGAUUGACAUACGAAAAUUUAGAAAAAUGCCAUAUGCAUUCUUUCAAGGAAGAAGGAGAGACACCUCUGAGUUCAUGUGUUCUGAAGAUGAUUUCCCUAGAAUAAACCAAGCUAAUAUCAGAUCACUAAUCAUUUGGUUGAAACAAAGGGUGAGUACAGAUAAAACUUAUGCAGAUGUUCUACAACACCUAAGGCAAUAUGUGCUCGACAUGGUUAUUGAUUUCAGUGUUGACUGGGAGAUUGGAUACCUAGGAGAAAAGGAAGCUGAGGAACCACAUGUGAAUCUGAAUAUGGAGAAUGAGUCUCCUGGAAAAACUCUAAAGAAACCACAUAGAGGUGUUGUAUUUUCUUCUAAAGGUCGACUAAAAUUCAUGACAAUCUCCCAAAAACGUCUAUUCUCUUAUGAAUUCAUUGAUGUCAUCAUCGGUUUAUUGAAGAGAACAGGAGAUCAAGAAGAAUCGCUGAGAGUGAAGAUUGUUGAAGAACUUACAUGGUUUUUGAGUUUCCGGCAAUGGUUAAUAAACUUGAGAAACAAAGUUUAG